AGUUCAAUCAAACAAACUGUAACCGACAAUUUUGUUUUGAAAGAAAUUGUUGUUGGUUGAUGAAGCAAACUGAUUUUGCUAUUUUAUUUAUAUAGACACGUAUAUUAUAUGUAAUUAAUGUGCAUUAGUUAUUUUAUUUAAGAAUUAUUAUCAAUAUUCUGAUGUCUUGAGCCGAAUAUCACAGAAAUCAUGGUGUCUUUAAUGAGCAACGAAACCGAUAUGGAUGAAAUUUUUAUUGGGAAAAUAGAUGACUGUGACUCUGAAGUUCGGAAAACUGGACAAGAAAUGGAUGUUAUCAGACAAAGAACAGUUGCUUAUGAGUAUCUCUGUAGAUUGGAAGAGGCUAAAACUUGGAUGGAGUCAUGUCUUAAAGAACGCCUGCCGCCAGCCACAGAGUUUGAGGAGAGUUUGCGUAAUGGUGUCUAUUUAGCCAAGUUGGCAAAUUUUAUAGCGCCAGAAUCAUUACCCAUUAACAAAAUUUUUGAUAUUGACCAACGACGUUAUAAGAUCAUGGGUGUGCAGUUUAAACAUACUGAUAACAUUAACAAGUUUUUGCAAGUGUUAAAAAAAACAGAACUGCCUCUUACAUUUCAGCCAGAAACGACUGAUAUCUAUGAUAAAAAGAAUAUGCCACGAGUGAUAUACUGCUUACAUGCACUCAGCUCUCAUUUAUUCAAACUUGGAAAGGCUCCCCUAAUUCGAGAUGUAUUUGGAACUGCAGUAUUUACUGAUGAAGAACUUGAUUCUGUUUCCAAAGAUUUACAAAAAUGUGAACAUCCAUUUCCAUCAUUCCAAAAAAUUGGUGGCAUUUUAUCAAAAAAUACUGCACAAGGUGACAAGGAAGCUUUUUAUAAAGCUGUAGUUGAGUUGAAUAAACUUUUAGAUUCUGGAAAGUCUAUAACUCCUGCACUGUUAAAUCCUCAUCUUAAACUGAAAUAUGUUCAGAACAGGCUCAUUGAUGAAUAUAAAAAAGUUUUACAAGCUGCUAAAAUUGAAAAAGUGCAUGUUGCUCAGAACCAUUCAUUAAAUGAUAGUUACAUUCCGGAUGAAUAUGAUGAUAUUCUUACACAAGUCGAGAUUCAAGGCCAUAUUACUGCCGUUAAUUAUAAAUAUUUGUGGAAAACUUUGUGUUCUGCUUCUCAAACAAAUAAUUUAAAAAUAUUACAUAAAAUUUUCAACGAAGAAUGGGUGAAAGUAAAAAAUUAUGACAAUAAUAAUGUCGAUUUUUAUUGUGAUGUUGUUAGAGAAAUAAUGGAAUGCAACAAAGAUGUUGAUGUUGAAAAUGUGACAAAUUGGCACAAGAUUUUUCAAAACAUUGUUAAUGAAGGCAAUCGUAAAUCUCUAGAACAUGCAGAUCAUAAAACUGCUAUAUGUGAAGUUAAUCGUGCAUUGGAUGAAGGAGACCCUGAUGAAUUACAUAAAGCAUUGACAAAUCCCCAUUUGGGACUAAACUUGAAGAUUGACAAGUUUGCAGCGCCGCUUUUGUUUGAAGAAAUGAAAUUAGAAAAGUAUGAACUGGAGAAAAAUUUGAAUGAGAGUGAAAUAGCUGCAUCUGUUUCUUAUCUCACAGCCAUAGCUGCAAUUUCUCUGGCUGUUGAUAGAGGGGAUGAAGCUGCAGUCUGGCAUUCACUUCAGUCCAAGCAGGUUAAUUUACAAGGCCUGCGCCCUCAUUGCCGCCGCCGUUACCUUUCUGCAUUAGUAAAUGCACUGCAGUUCAAAGUGAAGGAACAAUGUGGUUGUCCUCUACUGACUUUAGAAGACAUUCAUGAUACCAUAGACAUGGUUAAUACGAAAGAUGACGAUAAUGAUGAAUUGGUUGGAAUAAUUGACAAUAUAAACAAAGCUGUUAAUGACGAAGAUUCUGAAACUCUUAUGGCAUUGCUCAGGAGUUCCUGUUUGCAAUUGCCAUCGCCACUGCAUAAUGAAGAGAAACAUUUAUACUUGCGUAUGUUGAAAAAGAAAAUAGUCAAUAAGGAAUCACAAAAUCUUUGGCUAGAUGACAUAGUAGAAGUCAUCAAUGAUGUAAACUGUGAAUCUCUAAAAGUAAAGGAAUUAUCAGAUGCAUUAGUACAUUUAAACUUAGCAGUUAUUAAAAAUGAUCUGAAUCAAUUUUGGGAAGCACUGUCCUGUCCCUUAUUGUCUGGUUCUGGUUUAAUAGAGAGCUCUUGUAAAGAUGUGUACUUCCAAAUGUUUUCCAAGGCAUUAAAAAAGAAGGGCCAUCAUAUCUGCCCCUGGAUUGUCUCUCAUACCGAUGCAGGAAAUACUGUUUACAUUGAUAUUGAGUCAUAUACUUAUAGCUGGAAGACUCCCAAGGAUUUUGUCCCUUAUGCCCGAUAUCUCAGUAGAAAAGAUGUCAGUGUGCUCAUAGAAAAAACUAAUAAGCAUCACAUAAAUAAAUAUAAACAAAUCAUUAUUGAAAAAGCAGUUGUUAAAAUUCAAGCAUAUUGCAGAGGCUAUUUAUUUAGGGAAAACUUACGAAACCAACUGAAAUAUUUUCAAGACAAUGAAAGGUACGUUAUUAAAAUACAAGCAUGGUGGAGAAAGAUUUUGAUACAUAAAAAGUAUGGUACCAUUAUCAAAAUGAAGGCAAUUGAAGCAAAGUUGAAAAAGGAGAGAAAGCAAAAUCCUUGGGUCUGGUAUAAAGUUCAAGAGCAUAAAAUUGUAAAAAUUCAAGCUCUGUGGCGUGGCCGGCGAGCUCGCCAAGCAUUUACAUCUUUGUUCCACUCACCAAAUCCACCCUUAAAAGCAGUUAAGAAAUUCAUUCCUAUGUUAGAUUUCUCAACUGAUGAUUAUGACCGAGAAAUUGAACUGCAGAACCUGAAAUCUGAAGUGGUGCAGUCCAUUCGAAAAAAUCAAGAAUUAUCUAAACAGAUUGAUGACAUGGACCUAAAAAUUGGACUUUUGGUUCAAAAUAGGAUAGCAUUACAAGAGGUUGCGGCUCAUGGUUUGAAGUUGAACAACUUGGUCAAACACAAUUCUAUGACUAAGUUGGUUUUCCAGAAUAUUUCAGAAGGGAAAGGAUCAUUAAUGACAGUGUCAACAGCAGUAAAAGGGCUAAAAUCUCUUACCAAAGAAAGUAAAAGAUUGUUAGAUGGUUAUCAACAUUUGUUUUACGAACUUCAAACAAACCCCACAUAUUUAUCUAAACUUCUUUUUUGUAUUCCACAGAACAAAACAAACUUUUUCCUUCAAAAUGUGGUACUGAGUCUUUAUAAUUUUGGGGCUUAUGCUAGGGAUGAAUAUUUGUUGUUGAAAUUGUUCAGGUUCACUUUAGAGGAAGAAAUAAGUUGUAAAGUGGUGAAGCCCUUUGACGUUAUAGCUUCAACUCCUCUAGUUCUCAAAAUGGCAGUGAGUCUGUCUAGACAAUUGUCUGGUCUAAACAGCCUACAGAGUAUUAUUGGCCCUCUAGUAGAGAAAAUGUUAAAGGACAAAGAUCUGAACAUUGAAACUGGUCCAGUAGAAAUUUACAAAGCUUGGAGAAAUGAAAUGGAAAUGAAAACAGGCCAAAUAUCGAAACUGCCUUACAAUGUAUCUCAAGAGGAAGCUCUUACAUACCCAGAAGUGAAAAUGCGACUGGAGACAGCUUUAAGUCAGCUGAAAAAGAUUGUUGUCAUGUUUCUGGAUAAGAUAACGCAAUCAACAGACUUGCUUCCGUUUUGUAUUACAUAUAUGGCGAGGGUUUUGCAUAGAUCUUUAACUUCUAAAUUUCCUCAUACACCUGAAAAGGAUAUACUGAAGGUGAUUGGUAAUUUGGUAUACUAUCAAUUUUUGAAUGCGGCUAUUGUGGCUCCCGACGCAUUCCAUAUUAUCAACAUGCCGAAUGGCGCUGUGCUUACCACCGACCAACGCAAGAAUCUAGCUUCAGUUGCUAAAAUUCUGCACUUUUCUGCUGCUAAAAAAGGGUUUGGCGAGGAAUCCAGUCACUUGCGUUGUCUGAACUCGUUCAUAGUGGAGUGCCACGAGAAGAUGAAGGAACUGUUUAGACGCUGCUGCCGGGGUCCCACCUUGGAGGAAUAUUUCGCCGUGGACGAGUACACUGAGGCUACUUUAUUGCAUCACCCUCAUAUCUAUAUUACAGUUCAGGAAAUUGUAGAUACCCAUGCCCUAUUAGUGGAAUAUCAAGAUAUCAUAGCUCCGGACUCGAGCGACCGCCUGAACGAACUACUGGAGGAGCUGGGGGAGGUGCCGUCGGUGGCGCAGCUCGCCUCGCGAGAUAUUGAUACGAUAAAUGGAGAUACUCCGGAGGAAAAUGCAAGAUUAGAAGUAUGUUUGGCACUAGUCAAUAAAUAUCAGGCGCCUUCGGAUGAUAUGACAGACUUGAAUAAGCUGUUUAUUAAGACUAAGGAGUUAUGCGUGGCGAUCAUCCCCUUCUUAAAUGGUGAACAUCUUUUAGAAGCAUUAUGCAUAGGUACUACAAAAGAACAGCAAGAAAAAUAUGCUGAGAAAGUACAGAGGCGAAUUUAUUCCGGCCAAGCUAAACCGGACGAAGUAAUGUCUUUGAGAGAACAUAUUGCUAAGUUACGACGGAAUCUUCAGCAGCUGGAGGAUGAAGGCUAUGUCACGAGGGAAGAUGGGUACCAGGCGUUGAUAACUUCUAUUGCCCUUGAUCUCUGCAAUAAGGGCAAAUACCGACAAGCUCAAAGAAGGGCUUUAACAACACUCACGCGCACUAAACAGAGUUUAAUGGAGAAAACCAAAUACUACGAAGAAAAGUGUCAAUCAUACGAUCAGUAUAUCAAGUCUUGUCUUGCGAAUCUUCAUGCAGGCAAAAGAAGUGUUCACGCUUGCCUGAGAAGAUCAGGAAAGGAUAUACAAAAGUUAAAAUCGAAGUUGACCGUGAAGUACUCAGGUACGAAGUUGCUCGAGCGAGGCGUGUUGCUGGAGAUCGCCGGUCUGUCGCCGUCGCAGUUCAGGAACGUGCAGUUCGACAUCACGCCCACCGACCACAACGGCGUCUUCACCAUCAAAGGCAAGUUCAUGGGUGUAGAAAUGGAGUCAGUUGAAGUAGACAUACAGGAUUUGCUGCAAAAACAGUAUGAGGGAUGCGCCAUUAUAGACAUGUUUGGUAAAGCUAAAAUCAAUGUUAAUUUGCUAAUAUUUUUAUUGAACAGCAAAUUUUAUGGCAAAACAUAGCAACGCCAACUUUGUUCGAACUGAUUUUAAACGUUUUAUAACACUAUAAUGUAAUGAAAUUAAUCCCAACUGUACAGUGCUCCGGUACAGUACCAAUUUUAUUUUAUUAAAUGUUGUCUUUACGCCGAUUUUCAUAUAUUAUAUGUUAAGGUCUUUAUAAACACAUCACUUUUGAUCUUGUUACAUAAUCUGUGUUCAUAUACAAUCAAAGUUAACACAGUUGAUAUAAUUUAGAAUAUACCUGCUCUUUAUUGUUUUACAAUCGUUUUAAAUAUUAAUUUAAAAUUAUGGUGGCCCCCUAGCGAGGCGGGCCUCGUAGUAAUAUUUUAUACUAAGUAUUUUCCUAAAAUGGGAAUUAUGUUUUCUUAUUAUAGUAUAGUAAAGUAGUAGUAAUAUAGUAAAGUAGUAGUAGUAUAGUUUUAGAAAUAAUCAGAUCAGACUCAAUAAACAAAUCAGAGUAACAAAUUAAUUAAAUUAUUAUUACAAUUUAAUUAAUUUGUUACUCUGAUUUGAAUGCCCUUACCAAAUUAUUUUAUUAAAGUAUUAAAUUAUACCAAAAAUAUGUUAUGCAUGCAUUGAUUUUGUUAUGUAUCUUAUGAUUAAAAUAUGUAUUAUAAUUUUUUGGUAGUGUAGUAUAGUUUCAUUUAAUGAACUUUCUAAUAUUUUAUAGCUUCCUACGAGUAUUCGACUCUUAACUCUGUAUACUUUGUAGACGUGAUACUGUAUCCUCUUUGGAUUCAAACAGAUUCUUAUUUUUUGAAUUGUUAAACUUGAUUAAAAAAUGAUAAAAAACCAUAAUAACAAGUAAGACAUAUUAUUAUGAACUCCAUGUUGAAUUGGCUAUUAGAACAUUAAAAUGUAAAAAGCAACCGAUGAGAAAAAUACUUCUACUUUCACAUUACAUUUUUGUGAAAGUCCAUAUAUUAAAACUAAGGUUUAAGUAUUAAGUUUUAAUCACAGCUAGGUACUUCUAUAUUUCGCAAAAUUACGGCAUAACUUUAAUGUGAAGAAGUAUUAUUACAAUUCGAUUUUAAGGGUCGGUUUGCCACGUAUUGCGGAUUUUUUUACACCAUGUUGGAUUUAUAGGCCAAUUGUCCAAUGCCAAUUCAAAUUUAAAUAAUAAUUGAAGACUAUUUUAUGACCAAUUCUAUACUUCUACGUUUUUGUUAGUUAACAUUUUACGCUGUUCCGAGUUGUGAUUGUAAAUGCCGCCUAAAUGCAUUUUUGUUCAAUGUUCAUGUGUAAUGUCUAGUUUUGUUUGGCUGCGUAGGCCUUAUAGGAUAAAGUAACAAUUUAUUAGUUGAUUAGUAGUGAUAGAUCUGAUGAGAUAUGAAUAAAUGUAGGUAUAUUAAUUUUUAAUAACACUCAUUUGAGAAUGCUAUCAUUAUCUAACAUUUUUGACUUGUGUGACAUUGUGACUUUUAUACUUUUUUAGGACUUGUAAUAUCUACUAAUAUAAUGUUACAUAUUUUUGCUAUUAUAAUGAUUGAAGUUCCGUAUAAAAUAAAUGAGGCUAAAUA